UUCAUUAAUAUAUGAAAACACCCUCUUUAUAAAUACACACCAUUCUGUCUGCAUUAAGACUACUAAUAUAUCAACAGUGCAGUGGGAAACAACUCUCAAAAUCUUUGCGAAAAAUAGUUUGAUGAUCCGGAAAGUCCUAAAAAGUUGCAUUUUACCUGCCAUUAGUUGUAUGCAUUUGUUCACCAGCAUGAAGUCCAAAUACUUAACUUUUAUACCCUGGUUUACCGGCAGAGCUAUGUCGCUUGUUUGUCAGCCACACGCACCACACGCCAUGAGUAUACGGGCGGGACUACACUGUCGCUACGCGUCGACAGCAAAUACAAUCAUGGAUAUGGACUAUCAACGAUAUUUCAAUGAGGUCUCUAAUUCCCGCAAACCGUCUCCAAUUCGUAAACUUGCUGAAUUGCUGAUGACAGGGCCGCCCACACUGAUCUCGCUUGCAGCAGGUACACCUAACGUGGACAUGUUUCCCUUUGAGAAGUCAAGCAUUACACUCAAAAAUGGAACUGAACUCAUAAUGACACCAGAGGAGAUGAAGAAAGCACAACAGUAUGGUGUCACAUCAGGGUUCAGUGAUUUACGUGACUGGCUGAUGGCCCUACAGGUCUCAAUGCACAACCCUCCCACGCAGAGUAGAACAGAUGGGAGUAAACUUGAAAUGGUUAUUACAGCAGGGAGUCAACAUGGGCUAUGUAUGGCAUGUGAAGCUCUUAUAUCAAGAGGUGAUAAGGUUCUAGCUGGCGUACCAUUGUAUUCUGGUGCUAUUGCAAUGAUGGAGCCACUUGGGGCAGACAUUAUCCCUGUUAACGUAGAUGGUGAUGGUUUGAAUCCAGACCACCUAGAACAGAUCCUCUCCAGAUGGGAUCCAGAGGAUGCCAAGAAAGAAGGAUCAGAUAAACCGAGGGUGCUGUAUGUUGUUCCUAAUGGGGAUAAUCCAACAGGUAGCUGUGUUACUCUUGAUCGGAGAAAGAGAAUCUAUGAACUAGCCAGAAAAUAUGAUCUGCUGAUUAUGGAAGAUGAUGCCUACUACUUCUUGCAAUUUGGAAAGGAGAAGAGUCCAAGUUUUCUUUCCAUGGAUGAGGAUGGAAGGGUCCUCAGGUUUGAUUCUUUUGCCAAAAUAAUAUCUGCAGGCCUUCGUGUUGGUGUAUGUACCGGUCCCCAGGCAGUGGUAACACGCAUCAUCAUGCAUAUGCAGGCUUCUGUCCUUCACACAAGUGUACUCUCUCAACUCACCUUGUACAAAUUGCUCAACCACUGGGGUAUUGAUGGACUCUUGAACCAUGCGGAGAAGGUAGCUGCCUUCUACCAACAGAAAAGAGAUGUCCUACUUGCUGCUAUGGACAAACACUUAACAGGUCUUGCCAAGUGGAAUGUUCCUAAUGGUGGUAUGUUUAUAUGGAUUGAACUGACUGGUGUUGAGGAUUCCUAUGAACUCAUCACCAAGAAGGCCAUGGAGAAAGAAGUCCUGUUUGUACCUGGUAUAGCGUUCUACCCGGACAAGACCAAACCGUCACCAUUCAUCAGAGCCUGUUACUCUGUCUGCUCCGACGAAAAUUUGGAAGAGGGUAUACAAAGACUAGCUGAGCUGCUGAAAGAGGAGCAGAAGAACAAGCAGAACAUUGGGAUUUCAAUUUGAUUUACUUGUCUCUCUUGUGUUGAAACUUAAAGAGUAUCCAUACAGUCUGAUGAGAGCCUGAAGGGCAUUGCUUUGUGACAAUGUGAGAUUGCUUUUGUGACAAAAUCAAAUAUUUAGAGUGAUUUUUUUUUUUUUAAAGAAUCAGACAUGUGCUACAUAGCGCCCCAUAGAAUUGAGAUACCUCAGGUUUUAUUGCCAUUCUAUUUAAAACAUGGAACCAAAGAGAUGAUUGGUACUACAACAUAGGAAAAAUGAAAGUUAUAAGUAAGCAUUUUUUCACAAGGAGAUGUGUCUAUUUUUGUUGAUUAUUAUUGUCUAUUUGUAUAUUAAUAACAACAAAGGUGUGUGUAUUUCGUUGUCAUAGAAGUAUAACAUGUUAGAAAUAUCCAUCGUGGAAAAAGAGAUAUUUAUCAAAAAAUAGAUUGGGGUCGGGUCAAAUUUAUCAUGUACCAUAGCAAUAACCAUCUACCUACAUGUAUAAAUAACUAAUUCCUUAAAG